AUGGCCACGAACAUCAUGCUCGCUGAUAGCCUGCGUACCAGUGUGGACAAAGCAACCUGCUUACUUGCCGUCGAGGCGCUCGUGGAGGCAGAGCAGCACGGUGGAGUAGAAGAAGGCAUGCAUUUGUGUGGCCUUGCCGUUGUACGCAAAGAGAAGUCGAAGAGGAAGCGACAUCCAGGGACGCGCGAGAUGGCAGUAGGAAGUGUCAAAUAUCAGGAACUGCAGCUUGAGAAACUCCGUUGGUGCUCGAUCGGGGUAAAAGUUCAUGAUUGUAGUUCACAAGAGAAUAAAGCUGAAUCAUUGUACAAGCAGGAAACAAGACGGAAGAUGUUCGUUCUAUGGACUCAAGGGAUAGGAGGAGAGGCAGAGAGAAACGAGCCACAUUUUUCUGGUUUUCUUAGGGGAGAGAGUCCUGUGGUCUCGGAGGCGAUGUUCGUGAACCGGGAGGAGAUCCCUGUGUACCCCCUGUACAGAGACCCUGUUAGUGUUUGUUCCAUUCCACUCUUAUUCUGUUCUGUUUUAUUUUGUUUAACCCUGUGCCAAUGGCGUAUUGUUAAUCCAAGUUUCCUCCUCUUCUCAAAACAGGUACAUGAUUUUGGUUUUUUCCGCUAUGACCCAGGUGCCAUAAAGUUCCUCAAGUAUGAGGAGAUCCCUCUAGACCCUGAAGCAGCAUCUGUUGGGCUAGAAAUCCGAGUUGUCGGCAAUGACAGCGGCGAAAAGGUUUCAAUUUUGGCGGGAACACUUGCUCGACUGGAUAGAGAAGCGCCUCACUACAAGAAGGACGGGUACAAUGAUUUCAACACAUUCUAUAUGCAGGCUGCAUCUGGAACUAAAGGUGGCUCUAGUGGUUCCCCAGUUGUUGAUUGCCAAGGAAGAGCUGUUGCCCUGAAUGCUGGAAGCAAAUCUUCCAGUGCUUCUGCUUUUUUCCUUCCAUUAGAACGUGUUGUUAGGGCACUGAAUUUGAUACGUGAUUGUUGGGAUGCAUUUGGUAUCAAGUCAGAAUCUGUUUAUAUUCCUCGUGGUACACUGCAGAUGACCUUUCAACACAAAGGAUUUGAAGAAACUCGGCGUCUUGGACUGAGGAAUGAGACAGAGCAGAUGGUACGCCUUGUUUCUCCAGCAGGCGAAACUGGAAUGCUGGUUGUUGACUCUGUGGUGCCAGAAGGACCUGCACAUAAACAUUUGGAACCUGGUGAUGUGCUAGUUCACAUCAAUGGGGAGGUUGUAACCCAGUUUCUCGCAAUGGAGACUUUACUUGAUGACAGCGUCGGCAAGGAGGUAAAUUUGCAGAUUGAAAGAGGUGGAGUGCCUUUGACAGUAAAGUUAGAGGUUGAGGAUUUGCACUCUAUAACUCCAAAUCAUUUCUUGGAAGUCAGUGGUGCUGUCAUCCAUCCACUUUCAUACCAGCAGUAUAUGUUUAAGUUUCACGCUGGUACUAAUGUUGUUCAUAUUGCGUUUCAGGCUAGAAACUUCCGCUUCAAAUGUGGUCUUGUAUAUGUUGCCGAGGCAGGGUACAUGCUCUCUCGGGCAUCGGUUCCACGCCAUUCAAUUAUCAAAAAGUUUGCGGGAGAGGAUAUUGAAAAUUUAGAUGACCUUAUUGCAGUUAUUUCAAAGCUGUCUAGGGGAGCACGAGUGCCUCUCGAAUAUGUAAAGUACACUGACCGUUAUCGGAACAAGUCUGUACUGGUGACAAUUGAUCAACACGGUUGGUAUGCGCCUCCUCAGUUGUACACUCGAAAUGACGCAACUGGUCUGUGGAAUGCAAAGUUGGCUAUACCGCUUGAAUCUCCCUUUGUAGUUUCUCAUCGUGCCGGCCAUAUGGAUGCAAACUUAAAUUCCAUUUCACCUUUGACUGAAUCAAGUCCUAUGGAUCUCAAAUGCCAGCACGAGUCUGAAAAUACGGCAGAUGGAUGCGUAAAAAUGCAAACAGAUGAGGAGAUUGCCGUAGAUGGAUCCCACUCUGGCGAAGAUUCCAUCAUUGAGAAAAAAAGGCGCCGGGUGGAUGAGGAGAUAGCUGCUGAGGGAACUAUAUCAUCUUUUGGAGAUUUAGAUGACAUAAAAGAUGGCGCAUUGAGGCAUCCUUCCAGUGUGGAAGUCUCUGACCUUGCUCGGACAAUAUCAAGUAAUGCUUCAUUGGCAGAACAAGUAAUUGAGCCAGCUCUUGUAAUGUUUGAGGUGCAUGUGCCACCAAUAUGCAUGCUUGAUGGAGUGCAUUCUCAACAUUUCUUUGGAACCGGUGUGAUAAUAUAUCAUUCUGACUGCCUAGGUCUGGUUGCCGUCGAUAGGAAUACAGUUGCUGUAUCUAUCUCUGAUAUAAUGCUCUCUUUUGCUGCAUAUCCCAUUGAAAUACCUGCAGAGGUUGUUUUUCUGCAUCCUGUUCAUAAUUUUGCAUUGGUUGCCUAUGAUCCUUCUGCACUGGGAGCUGGUGCAUCUGUUAUUCGAGCUGCUAAGCUUCUUCCUGAACCUGCCUUGCGCCGAGGAGAUUCUGUCUACCUAGUUGGGCUAAGUAGAAGCUUACAGGCUACAUCAAGGAAAUCAACCAUAACUAAUCCUUGCACGGCUGUUAAUAUUGGCUCAGCUGACUGCCCACGAUAUCGUGCAAUAAAUAUGGAGGUCAUUGAGCUUGAUACUGAUUUCGGUAGCUCAUUUUCGGGUAUAUUGACGGAUGAGCAAGGAAGAGUUCAAGCGUUAUGGGCAAGCUUUUCCACCCAGCUCAAAUAUGGUUGUAGCAGUUCAGAGGACCAUCAGUUCGUUAGAGGUAUACCAAUAUAUGCAAUAAGUCAAGUCCUUGAGAAGAUAAUCUCGGGUACUCCUGGACCAUUUCGUCUUAUCAAUGGAAUUCGAAGGCCAAUGCCACUUGUCAGACUUCUGGAGGUGGAACUUUAUCCAACUUUGCUCUCGAAAGCAAGAAGCUAUGGAUUGAGCGAUAACUGGGUGCAGGCUCUCGCUAAGAAGGACCCUGUGCGCAGACAAGUCUUGCGGGUCAAAGGUUGUUUGGCUGGAUCAAAGGCGGAAAAGCUUCUGGAACAGGGAGAUAUGAUUCUGGCUAUCAACAAGGAACCAAUAACAUGCUUUCUUGACAUCGAGAAUGCUUGCCAAAAGUUGGACCAAUCUAUCGAUUCAGAUGGCGUGCUUAACAUGACAAUAUUUCGUCAGGGAAAAGAAAUUGACCUUAUUGUUGGAACCGAUGUAAGAGAUGGUAAUGGUUCAACAAGGAUGGAUUGUCAAAAUGAAGGAAUUGGAAAAAUGCAGGGCAUGUCCCAUAUUAUCCUACAGGAUUUGAAAGAAUGUUUGAUAGCGCAGGAAACAAAGGAAUUCUACAAAGAGUGGAUAGUUGAAGUUAACGGGCAACCAACCCCAGAUCUUGAGUCCUUUAUUGAAGUGGUGAAGGGAUUGGAAGACCGUGAGUUUGUUAGGGUGAAGACUGUCCACUUGAACGGAAAACCACGUGUGCUCACUCUGAAGCAGGACCUUCACUACUGGCCGACCUGGGAGCUCACUUUUGAACCGGAGUCCGACACAUGGAAGAGGAGAACAAUAAAGGCGUUGCAGCCAACCGGGGCUUGA